AAUACUAUAUUAUUUCUCCAAUGGCCCUUUUCAGAUUGGUUGUUGUUGCAGCCCUUUUGUUGUUGGAAGCUUGGGCAUCUCAAGCCACUGCCCAUAAUAAUCAUGUCAACAAGCCUAAUUUGAAAUAUAUGACCGAUAAUCCUAACCGCAAUCCCUAUUCCAGACCGCCGAAGAAGUCGUCACCGAAAAGCUCCGGCGGCAAUUCCAACAAUAAUGGUGGAAAUCCGACCACCCAAAUGCCGAAUCCAUCCUUUAAUAAUGUUGUGAACACUGCAGAUGCCAUAAACAAUGUUGUUGAGACGACCACUGAAGCUAUGGCCGAACCUCCGCCUCCGCCGCCGCCUGAAUCAUCUGGAGCCUGCGAUGGAAAUGACAGAGCUUUUGGGGGCUGGUUUGCGGUCAUAAUCGCAGUGUCUCUCUGUUAUCAUCAUCUCCUCUCAUGAAUUAUCCUCGUACUUGCAUGGGUUCUUCUUCUGCAUGAAACCAUAUUGGAAGUAAAUUGUCGUAAAUGUUCCUAUUUCUUAAUUGGUAUUUUUAUGUUGUAUGGUCUCUACAUUUUAAUCCAUCUAUUGUACUGAACACUAUCUAUCGGUUAAUGGAACUGAAUUAACUACCAGUCAUUUUAUAA